GAUUUUCUCAGUGGGGAAGACCUUGAUGAUUGUUUUAUUUAAUUAAGGAUGGAUUUUUGGACGAUGAUGGUGAUUUUAACGUGAAUAUAGAUGCAGUUAUAUCUGAGGAAUCAUCUACCGUGGAAAAUAGCGAUAAAUUUGUUUGUAAUGAAUGUGGAAAAGUGACAAAAACAGGCAGAGGUUUGACAAGACAUAAAAACGCCAAACACGUCUAGCUAGCUCUCUUUCUAAAGAGGAGCAGCUAUUGAAGAAGUUCCACCCUUUGAAAUUACGUGUCAUUCUGGUUGAAUGUGUCACCAUAAUGAAGAAAGAUAUGUGUUUACCUGAGCAGACAAGGACUGAAUUUUCAAACAUCAACUUUUCUGUUGAUGAGGCUGUGGAACUCUGGGAAAAAAUCAAAUUUGUCAUUGAGAAAUACAGUGGAAGUGCUGAGAAAUUUUAUUCAGAGUUUUAUAGAUUAUUGGAUCAAAAUCUUCUGCCUAAAAAAUUUGCUGAUGUCACCAUAACUAACACUUUGUUGAUGGAAGUUGCUAACCAUGUUCUGAUUCAUCUCUCUGGAACAGAUGUAUUCUCGUCGCUUGAUUAUUCGCCUGAAAUGACAACCGAACUUCCAGAAAAAGAGUUAAAAAGUUUACAGUAUCUCUCUGGUUAUAUUGUUCAUAAAUUGCACACAAAAUUCUGCUUCGGUAAACAGCAAUCGAAUGUAAACAAACAGUAUGCUCUUGUAUUGAAAUAUUGUAAGAUUGAUGUAGAUGACACACAAACUUUGGUUAACAUCCGUGAUAGAGGUGGUUUGUGGAGAGUCAAUCAAAGGACACAAAAUAUUUUUGUCAAAUGUGAAAAGUUAUUUCGUGCAAAAACAUCUGCUUUUAAUACCAAAUUAUGUGCUAAAGAACUAGUUUCCUCCAUGUUAACCGAUAGUACUAUACUGUCAAAUUUCAAAAUGAUAUGUGAGGGAAUUGAUCCAAAAGUGAAAAAAGAGAUUUGCAUCAACCUACUUGAACAUUUACUAACUCUGUUUGUUAGAGUUCGCACUUUUUCAUAUGCUGAAGACGUACGUGAAAAGCACAAGGCUGCCAAGAAGAAAGGAAAGAAACGUUCAUUAAGAACAGAACUGAAGCAAACUAGCAUUGCAACUGACAUGGGUCAUUGAAUUUUUCCAGUCCCGGACAUGGACUAUAUUAACUGUCAAAAAGGCUAUUUUUAUAGCCACACAUUUUAAAAACACAUUAUUUUGGAUUUAUGCCUACUACUUGCAUACAUUCAUCGUUCGCAAUGGUGUAUCAUCAAUCGUCUUGCCCACGUACAUUUCCAGAAAUCGGUCUCACUGAAUACUGUGUUUUUAUUGUGUUGUCAUUGUAACCGACAUCUCUGACUGUUAGAUUAUCACGUCUUCGACCAAUAGCAUGUUGUCAACCAAAGUAAUUUUUAAGAUCAUCUUGGCAAAAUCUUUCUGAAAGCACGUAGCUGUAAAAAAAAAAUAUAGAAUUAAUCAUUAUAUGCUGUUGAACUCAGGCUGCCUAUUUUGAUAAAAAUAAGUUCACAAAAACUUUCUCUCAAUGUACGCAAAAAAUAUCCAAUCUGUAUUCACAUACAUACCUGAUUCCGUGUUGUAGUAAAAACUUCACUACUUCAAUGAAUGAAUACACUGUUAUACGUAGACCUUCAUAUGUUUGCCAUGAGAUGAACAUAUUAGAUUUGGCUUGAUCCGAAAAAUUACCAGGUCUGGUUUCGAUAUUUCAUCAAAUAAAAGUAAAACAUAUCUCUCAGGAUCAGUAAAAUACCAGUUUUUUGUGCUAACUCUUAAAUUAUAGCAGAAUUGAAACCACGUGUUUGUCUAACGUAAU